AUGUCUCCGAACACACCGCAAGAAGCGGAAGUAGCGGCGCCUGCGGGUGAUAAAGCCGUCAAGAGCAUCCUUAUCUACAUGGCAAUGGCAGCCGAAGCGGCGCCGCUGGUGAAUAGCCUUGAUCUGCAGCUUAAGGAGCACAACUCCUUCCCCGCAGGGUCCCCCUGGCAGCUGCACUCAGGGUCGCAUGGGGGGGUGAGCAUCCACCUCGUCACGCCGGGCAAGGACAGAGCUCUAGGAGUGGACAACGUGGGAACGGUGCCAGCAGCCGUGGCAGUGUACGCAGCAGCAGCCUCCCUGCACCCAGACCUCAUUAUCAACGCCGGCACUGCUGGCGGCUUCAAGGCCAAGGGAGCAGCCAUCGGUGAUGUGUACUUGGCCUCGCACUUUGCCAACCAUGAUCGCCGCAUCCCCCUCCCAGGCUUUGACGAGUAUGGCAUCGGCCUGAUUGAGUCCCCACAUGCCUCUCGCGUUGCCUCCGCCCUUGGCUUCAAGGUGGGGCGAGUAUCAAGCGGCAACUCGUUGGACAUGAGUGCAGAGGACGAGAAGCUCAUUGCUAAGAACGACGCCACCGUCAAGGACAUGGAGGCAGCAGCGGUGGCGUGGGUGGCGGCGCUGCUGUCGCUGCCGCUGCUGUCAGUGAAGGCGGUGACAGACAUAGUGGAUGGCGAUCGCCCCACCACCGAGGAGUUCCUCGAAAACCUGCACACCGCUGCUGAUGCUCUGCAGCAUGCCGUGCCGAAGCUGGUGGCGCUUGUGGAAGGGAAAAUGUUGGUGGAGUUGUGA